AUGUCUUCAGAUGAAACUUCAAAAGAAAAUAGUAUAGUAGAUUCGGCGACUACUAAUAAAGUCGACACUUCUACUACUAAUAGUAGUAGUGCCAGUCCUCCUCAUAUUUUCAAUUUACAUUUAGUUGAUAUAGAUAAAGAAAUAAUAGGUUCUUGGAAGGAUGAAUUAUCAAAACUUCCAACAAAGCAUCACUCAACUGAUACAACAACAUCUUGUUUAAAAGUUCAUAUUUAUGAAAACACUUUUCAAUCAGUUCUAAAAUCCAAUAGUGAUAUUCAAUGUUUAGUCUCACCUGCAAAUAGUUUUGGCUUAAUGGAUGGUGGUAUUGAUUAUUACAUUUCAGAAUAUUAUGGUGGUGUUGAUAAGCUUAUACCAGUUGUACAAAAAAGAAUUGAAAGAAAUUGGUGUGGUGAACAAAAUGUGGGUAGUUGUUUGUUGGUUGAUGUUAGAGAUUUGGUUAAUAGAUUAAAAAAAAAGGAAAAUGUACAAAAAAAUUAUCCUAGUUAUAUUGCACAUUGUCCAACAAUGAGAACACCAAAAAAAUUAAAAUCUGAAGAUGAUAUUGUUUAUAGAUGUACAUGGGCAAUGUUAACAUCCAUUAGAAAACAUAAUCUGAAAAUAUUAGAAUCAAAUAAUGGUAGUAAAAAGCAACAUGAACGUAUAAAUAAUGUUCUUUGUGCAGGCUUUGGUACAGGAGUUGGCAGAGUCCCUGCAAAACAUUGUGCAAAACAAAUGUUUUUAGCAGUACAAAAUUUCAAUGAAUGUCCUGCUAAUAAUAAUGUUUUUGGUGAUGAUGGUAAUGAUGAAUCAAUAACAAUGAAAAAUGAGGGAAACGAUUGGUUGGUGGAAUGGUCUUAUGCAAGAAAAAUUGAAAGUUCUGUGCAAUCUUUACUUCGGAAGGAAGAUUUUUUUUAG